UGCUUUCUCUCUCCUUGAGCACCUCCACUUUCUCUCUCUACGCGCCGCUCUCUCUCUCUCUCUCUCCCUCACAGCCUAUAGAUACACCGAUAGAUACACAAAUCUGAGAUUUUUUCUACAUAGAAAUAUAGUUCGAUUAUAGCUAUUCCUAUAAUUAUUGUUAUAUAUAAUUAUAUAUAUACUUUUUUGGUUUUUGAGAUAAUAACAAUUGUUUCUCUCUCUAGAUUUGCUGUCACUUUUGAGAAGUUGCAUAAAAUUUGGCAAUUCCUGAGUUCUGGAUCCUUCUGUUGCUUGCCACUUGGGUUGGCAUGUUAUGCUCUUAUCCUACCGGAAAUUAUCCUACGAAAAUUGUCGGUACACUUUUUUGGGCAUAUUUGUGUAGUUGUAUGCAACUUCUUGCAAAAUGGGCUCCCAACGAAGGUUUCUAUUUGAUCUUAAUGAACCACCGACUGAAAAUGAAGAUGAUAUUGAUGGUGCUGUCAACUUCCAUCCCCAAAGGGCAAUUCCUUCUUCAAGUAAUGCAGCAACCAAUUUGUUUGUGGCAACUACCGGUCCCCAAGGAAUAAUAAAUAACAAUGCCUUUUCCCAUGCUUCUUCUGUAUCUGGUUUCCAACCUUUUGUACGUUCUAAAGCUAGGGGAUCGGAUAUUUCUUCUGAUAAAAGGAGUUCUGGAGAUGUGCAUUCUGAUUUUACAUCAUCUUCCAAAAUGAGUAAUGGCCAUGACUUGAAUGCAGCACCAAACACCCGUGCUAAUGAUAUUGAGAAGGAAGAAGGGGAAUGGUCUGAUGCAGAGGGUUCUGUUGAUGCUUGCAGGAAUUUUAUUCAGGGAGGCUCAGUUGGUGGAGGUCCUAAGUUGGUAUUGGAAAAUGCUGCUCAGAUGAUGGAAAAUAGUGCCUCAGCUGGAGGUAUGCCAAAUAAAUCUGCUAGUCUUAGUGAGAACAAGAAUGAGAGUGGUAUUUCUCUAUUAGGAAACCCUGAAACAAAUGAUAAGAAAGGCGAUACAUCUAUGGAUGGUCAGGAAGAUUCUUCUCAAGUACCAAAACAAAGAGAAACCAGAGGUAUUGAAGCAAGUCAUGCUUCAAAGUGUGCAAGUAAUAUGGGAAAGCGACCAAAGCUUGACCAGCAUAAGGAAGCAAUGCUAGGAAAGAAGCGUAGCAGACAAACCAUGUUUCUUGAUUUAGAAGAUGUUAAGCAAGCUGGUGCGUUGAAGUCUUCAACUCCUAGAAGACAGAUACCUCCACCAACUAUAACCCGGACUGUAAAAGAAGCUCGGGCUGCGAUGCCAGCUUCUGAACAUGGUGAUAAGCAAACUAUGGCAACAACCAGAGAUGUAAAACAAUCUGAUUUGUCUAACAAUGAAAGCAGCAGUUGUGUGGAAUUGAAUGAAUGUAAACCUGAGAGUAAUGGUGACCAUCAUUCCCAGCAUGUUGGACCACUUAGGAGGUUAAAUAGCUCUGUGGACAUGGCUUUAGAAGGAGCAGCACCACCUGUUCCCAGACAGGGUUCAGUGAAACUGCCCCCUGAUUCAAGGCAAUUCAAGAAUUCACAGUUCUCAGGCAGGAAACCAACUUUUAGCAGUCAGAACUUAUCUGACCCAAAAUUAACAGCAAAGAAGCUACCUUCCAAGAAGCAGAUCACUGCAGGUAAUCAGUAUCAAGAUACAUCAGUUGAACGUCUACUACGUGAGGUGACAAGUGAGAAGUUUUGGCAUCAUCCAGAGGAAGAAGAGCUCCAGUGUGUUCCUGGCCGGUUUGAUUCAGUAGAAGAUUAUAUCAGGGUAUUUGAGCCAUUGCUCUUUGAAGAAUGCCGUGCACAACUUUAUAGUACCUGGGAGGAGUCGGGGGAAACAACAUCAAGUCAUGUUAGAGUAUCUGUAAAAAGUGUUGAACGACGUGAAAGGGGAUGGUUUGAUGCAAUACUUAUCCCUCCUCAUGAGUACAAAUGGACAUUUAAAGAAGGAGAUGUUGCAGUUCUUUCAUCCCCAAGGCCUGGAGCAGUCAAUACACGGAGGAAUAAUUCUGCAGUUACAGAAGAUGAGGAGAAACCCGAAAUUAAUGGGCGCGUUGCAGGUACUGUGAGGAGGCACGUGCCCAUUGAUACCCGAGAACAUACUGGAGCUAUUCUUCACUUUCAUGUUGGAGAUCCAUAUGAUACUAGCGGCAAGAGUGAUGAUGAUCAUAUCCUGUGGAAGCUCCGUCCUGGCGAUGUCUGGUAUCUGACUGUUCUUGGUUCAUUAGCAACAACACAACGAGAAUACAUUGCCCUGCAUGCAUUCCGGCGUCUUAAUUUGCAGAUGCAAAAUGCUAUUCUUCAACCCAGUCCUGAUCAUUUUCCGAAAUAUGAAGAACAGCCUCCUGCCAUGCCAGAUUGUUUUACUCCAAACUUUGUUGAGUACCUGCACAGGACUUUUAAUGGACCCCAGCUAGCUGCAAUUCAAUGGGCUGCUAUGCAUACAGCUGCAGGAACAUCUAAUGGUGUGACGAAGAAGCAAGAUCUGUGGCCUUUCACUCUUGUUCAAGGGCCUCCAGGGACUGGGAAAACACAUACAGUUUGGGGAAUGCUUAAUGUGAUCCAUCUUGUCCAAUAUCAGCACUACUAUACUGCAUUGCUAAAAAAAUUAGCGCCUGAAAGCUAUAAGCAAGCUAAUGAGAACCACUCAGAUAAUGUGGCUGUUGGGUCUAUUGAUGAGGUUCUUCAGAGUAUGGAUCAGAAUCUCUUUAGGACUCUUCCGAAACUUUGCCCAAAGCCUAGGAUGCUUGUUUGUGCUCCCUCAAAUGCUGCAACUGAUGAACUGCUUUCAAGGGUUCUUGACCGUGGAUUUAUUGAUGGUGAGAUGAAAGUUUAUCGCCCGGAUGUUGCUCGAGUUGGGGUGGAUUCUCAGACUCGUGCUGCUCAGGCAGUUUCUGUGGAAAGAAGAACUGAGCAACUUUUGAUGAAGAGCCGUGAUGAAGUUCAUGGAUGGAUGCAUAAUUUGAGGACUCGAGAAGCUCAGCUUUCCCAGCAAAUUGCUUGCCUACAAAGAGAUUUGAAUCUUGCAGCUGCAAAUGUUCGUGCUCAGGGAUCUGUUGGUGUUGACCCGGAUGUUCUUAUGGCCAGAGACCAAAACCGAGAUUCUUUACUUCAAAACCUUGCAGCAGUAGUUGAAUCCAGAGACAAAAUACUAGUUGAGAUGUCUCGACUUCUAAUUCUGGAGAGCAGGUUUCGUCCUGGGAACAACUUCAAUUUAGAGGAAGCUAGAGCAAAUCUUGAGGCAAGUUUUGCCAACGAAGCUGAAAUUGUUUUCACAACGGUCUCAAGCAGUGGGCGCAAGUUAUUCUCUCGUCUGACUCAUGGCUUUGACAUGGUUGUAAUAGAUGAAGCAGCUCAGGCUAGUGAAGUAGCAAUACUGCCUCCACUUUCUCUUGGUGCUGCUCGUUGUGUUCUUGUCGGGGAUCCUCAGCAGCUCCCUGCUACUGUCAUCAGUAAGGCAGCAGGAACCUUAAUGUACAGUAGAAGUCUUUUUGAGAGGUUCCAACAAGCAGGCUGCCCAACAAUGCUGUUAUCUGUGCAGUAUAGGAUGCACCCACAGAUUAGGGAUUUUCCUUCUAGGUAUUUCUAUCAAGGACGCCUUACAGAUAGUGAAAGUGUAGCUAAUUAUCCUGAUGAGCAAUAUUAUAAAGAUCCCUUACUGAGACCUUACCUCUUUUUUGACAUAACUCAUGGUAGAGAAUCUCAUUGGGGAGGUUCAGUAUCUUAUCAGAACACACAAGAAGCACAGUUCUGUGUUCGUUUGUAUGAGCAUCUUCAGAAAACUGUAAAAUCAUUGGGGUUGGGGAAAGUUACUGUGGGCAUAAUCACUCCAUACAAGCUGCAAUUAAAAUGUCUCCAGUGGGAAUUCAGGGAGGUUAUGAAUUCAGAUGAAGGAAAAGACAUUUAUAUUAAUACAGUGGAUGCCUUCCAGGGUCAAGAACGUGAUGUGAUUAUAAUGUCUUGUGUUCGUGCAUCAAGCCGUGGAGUUGGGUUUGUUGCUGAUGUUCGCAGGAUGAAUGUUGCACUUACUCGAGCAAGGAGAGCUCUCUGGGUAAUGGGAAAUGCAAGUACUCUGAUACAAUCGGAAGAUUGGGGUGCACUGAUUGAUGAUGCUAAAAAAAGGAACUGCUACCUGGGCAUGGAUUCUCUGCCUAAGGAAUUUAGCCCUGAGGCUUCAACUUAUAAUACAUUUUCAUCCAAAAAUCCUAAUUCAAGGGGCUUGAGGUCAGGACCAAGGUUUAGAUCACAUGAUACACACAUAGAAUCCAGGUCUGGUACUCCUUCAGAAGAAGAUGAAAAGUCAAAUAUGUCAGUAAUUCCUAGGAAUGGAAGUUACCGGACUAUAAGGCCUGGAGCUGGGAAUCCAUUAGAUGGUUUUGAUCAAGCUGCUGAUAGAUCUCGAGAUGCCUGGCAACAUGGUAUUCAAAGAAAGCAAAAUGCUGGAGGUGGUGUUUUAGGAAAGAGGGAUCCGUAGUUGGUGACACAAUGGUGUAAAUUGGCCCAAUGCUGCUAAAUGGAAAGGAAUGUGAUCAUGGUUUUAAGGCCACUUGUGUAGCAUCCCAUGCUUAACCUCAUGGCUUAAUGGUUGAUGAUUAGGGAUAUCAAGGGAACUUGGGAGCUGUAAGCGCAUUAGGGAAGCAAAAGGUUUUGUGUGUCUAGCACCCUACCUGUGCACCCUCUUGUUUUCUUUUGAGAUGGACUUCAAGAACGAAGAUAUUCCCUAGAGUCGGGACCCAACUUCAGUGCACCAACUGUUUUAUCUUGGUAAGAUGGACUCUGAACACAUUUUGGUCAGAUGCCUUGAAAUGCUCUUCAUCUGGCUGAUCAGGUCGAGCCUGUACCUCUUUUGUGACAUUGUGGAUGUGGCGUGGAUUAUUACUUCCUAUCUGAAAGAUUUGGUCCUGUUAUUAGUUUAUAUGCCAAGACUAAUAUGUGGCAUAUCUAUGGCAGCACACAUACUGUUUGACCUUUGGAUAGUAUACUUAGGUAUGGGGCUUCUGCCUGGUGUAAAGGAGUUCAUUGAGCCCAUUGGAAUUGCUUACAGUCGACGCACUAGCAGCAGCUACACCAGCGUCUGAACUGCACUCCGAAUUUCAAUGAAAGCUGAGUUUGGUGCAUAUUGAACAAGUGUGGAAAACCCUGAAGGAAUUCUUUCAAAUAAAUAUAUAUAUAUAUAUAUAUUAUAUAAUAAACCAUUAAAUGCCGUCGUUGUUUACUUGCGCCCCCAAGUUUUAUGUGAAUAGAUGUUUUGGAAAUUUGUUGGUAGCACUAGAUGGAGAAAUGAAAUCAUUCUUGGUCAUUGUAUUCUAUUCUUUUUGUCAUCUUUGAUUUUCUGCUUCUGGCAGCAGCUAGCUUGGAUUGAAUUGUGGAGAAAAAGCUUGCUGGUGAGAUGGUGUGCUUUUGAGAGACCAUUUCAUACAGGUAAGUUGAAAUUUUAUUUGGUUGUUCUUUUAUUAGUAAAUAGAUUUUUUGGUGUGAUAGUUUUAAAUGUAUGCUUUUAUAAGAAGGGAAAAGUAUUUGAAAGAUUCACACGCUUUAUGUCUCUAAUAGUAACAUAAAAGAAGAUGAAAUCAAGAAACUGUGCAAAUGUUUGUGCUCAUAAAAAACAAAGUCCUAAUUCAAGUUUUUUCUUGUGAAUGUCUAAUCUAAUUUAUCAGAAGUUCAAAUUUUGGAUUGGGUGAUUAAUAAAUAUUUGAUGUUAUAAUAGCUUAAUGCAGUCGUCUUACUUCAGUGGGCUCAAGUGAAAUACUACAUUUGUAGCUGUUAACAAUAUAAAUAUCGAUGGGAUUGGUGGGCUCAUAUGAAAUACUAUUACCUGCUUGUAGACCUGAAGUGCAUUUUCUGUAUUCUUGAUCAUUUUUGUGUAAUUAUUAUUGUUGAAUAUGAUUUAUGUACGUAAAAUUAUAAAUUUCAUCGUAUUAUUAUUCUUGUUGGUCGUGAUGUUUUUAAUUGAAAUGAUUGUUGAAUGUAAUGUUAGAAUUUAGUGUUUAUAUGAGUCAAUUAGUUCUCUUAUUAGUUGCGAUGUUUUUAAAUUGAAAUGAUUGUUGGUGUUUUAAAGAAAAAAAAAAAAAUAGAAUAAACAAAUCCUCAAUUUAUGAUAUUCUUUUCGACUGCUAUAUAGUUUUUUUAAAAAAAUAUAUAUAUAUAUAAUUUAUGAUACUUUUUCCGACUAAUCUCCUUUACCUAAUUGAAAUGAAAUUUAAGUGUUCUAUGGCCAUAUCAGUAUACUUAAACACUAUUACAGAAAAAAUAUAUAUAUAUAUAAUAAUAAAUAAAUAAAUAAAAAUAUACCUACACAGUAUUACAAAAAAAAAAAAAAAGUACUUACACAAUA